UUAAGUAACUCUUAACCGCUGCAUAUUAUCCAUCUUGAAUUGGCAAUUCUAAAGUGAUAAUCGAGUUUAGGUACAGCUAGAGCCGUGGUUCCCCUUUGUGAUUGCCCAGGGUUAUUUUGCAUAAUUAGACUCCUUAAUGUGCUUCGGAGAGUUAAGACAAAAAUUGGUUGGGAGUACUGGAAUGAAAAAAAAAUUACUAAAGUAUAGAAAACAUCCACAUAGAGCACUUGAACCUCCUUGUUGUCUGGAGGAAAAAAAUAUAUGGACUACCAACCCAACUAUGGUUAUUACAGUCUCCUUGUUUGAAGUACCGUAUUUUCCUCUGUCUUUUUCCCACUUUCCAAUGUACUCAAGAAAAUUUAGAAAAUUGUAAUGGAUCAAUUUAAAGUUUUAUUUCCGAAAAGCCUUUUUUGCCUGUUGUAAUGUGCAGGACCCUUCUCCUUUGAUGGGAGAGACAGGUAGUUACCUGAAUCUAGGUUGAAAAGGUUAUGUAAAAAGAAAUUAUAAUAAAAGGGAUACUUUGCUUUUCAAAUCCUUGUUUUUCUCUUAAUCUAGGUAAGGCAUAUUCAAAAUAAGUAUGUAAAGUAGAAAAAUAAAAGUCUUCAUGGAAGCAACUUGUCUUCCCUGGUUGUACUGAGUUACAGUUAUCCAAGGGGUAAAACUAUGGAUACUGCUAAGUGAAGAGACCCAAAUGCCAUUAGAGCAGGUUAAUGUGGGGUAUUCUGUUUUCCACUCUUGUUGAGAAUCCUAUGGAUCAAUUCUUGAUUUGUAAGGCUAAAAUGCCAUGAUUCGGUGAUGGUUUAGUUGAUUCAGUUGUGCUCUAGAAAGCAGCCAUCAUAUUGAUCUAGUGGAGUGAAGAUUAAAGAUGCUUUAAUAUUAGUUUCACUCUGAUAAUAAGAGAACCUUGAUAGUGUACAGUAUCAGUGCUUUUUCACAAAACCCAGUGCUCAUAAUCAAAUAACUAUCUUUAAGAAAAAGAAAAAACUAAUCCCUAUAACAUAUUUCCAGGCCUCACUUCUUUCCUUUCAUAUACCUGGUCUUUAAUUUACUUAUGUAAAUUUGCUCCUGAGGUGGCAUGUGUUUCAAAGCUGAUUGAUUAAUUUGAGGAUGAAACUUGCAACUCUUACCCAGUUAGCAUCAUGCUCUGAGGUAUAAUACGAUAGAAUGAUUUCACUCCUUUUCUCUGGUUUUCUUAAGAAGCAUGAAUUGGGUAGGGAGGAAAAAGAAAAGCAUGUUGUCACUUGAGCGAGAAUACCUUAGAAAUGUUACCACGUUCAGGUUGGGUGUUUCCUGUCCUUUGGGGAACAGGCCUAAACAGUACUUUUCUCAUCCUGUAGCUACCAGGAAAGCACCACGAUUGAGAUCAGAGAUGCUGCCUUGGUUGAUUUUUAAUCAAGUAUAAAAAAAAUUUACAAAAGAUGGGGGUUUUAAAAUGCUGUGUCAUAUAACCUUUGUUUCUUCAACAAGAUGUGAAUUCCCAAAAGAAAUGAGAAGUGUGGGAAAAACAACUGUGGAAUCAAAGACCUCUAUUUAAAUAUGAGCUAAGUUACUGUUUUUUGUGCACAUUAAUUAACUUCUUUAAGCUUCAGUUUCGUAUAUAAAAUGGGAAAAGUAGUAUUUACCCUAGAAUUAUUUUAAGAAUCAGAUAGAAAUGCUUCUGACCCAGGAUGCUAUUAUUAGUAACUUAGUAUUAUUGACCACUUGUCAGGCUGGAAAAAAAAAAGAAACCAAUAAACAAGAAGUACAUGAAAAUGCAAGAGGGGGAUAAUAAAGUAAACUGAUUAUGUGUGUAUAUAAAAUAGAUUAGGCAGGGGUGUCAUGAGGAUUAGUGUGAUAGUGACCUUGUUGCUAAGUGCAAAAGCAAAACAAUGACAUAGAAACAAGUGUGCCAAGUACUGAGUGGAGGAGAGGGAUGGAGGCAGACGCUGCAGGAAAAAAGCUGAUUAAAAAGGGCUCUUUGAUUCCACAGGCACAAAAAUCCACAGCCAGGAAUUUGCUGCCACCUCUGAGUCAGGCAGGGGGUGGGGGUGGGGGUGCAGGAUCCCAUUAGAAGAGAAUGCCCAGUGGAUUUAGUCUGUGAGAGUCACAUUUCUUAUCUGGACCAGUGUAGACAUAAGCAAACUCAGCUGACUUGUUUCCUGGGAUAGUUGAGUUAGGGGAUGGCUUUCAUGGAGCAUUCAGCACUGACCCCUCACCGCCGGGACCUCUGUAGCCGUACCAUCUGGCUAGCGAGGAAGAUUCGUUCAGACCUGACCGCUCUUACGGAAUCUUACGUGAAGCAUCAGGGCUUGAACAAGAACAUCAACCUGGACUCUGUGGAUGGAGUACCAAUGGCAAGCACUGAUCAGUGGAGUGAGCUGACUGAGGCAGAGCGACUCCGAGAGAACCUCCAAGCUUAUCGGACCUUCCAUAUUAUGUUGGCCAGGCUUUUAGAAGACCAGCAGGUGCAUUUUACCCCAACUGAAGGUGACUUCCAUCAAGCUAUACAUACCCUUCUACUCCAAGUUGCUGCCUUCGCUUACCAGAUAGAGGAGUUAAUGGUGCUGUUGGAAUGUAAUAUCCCUCCCAAAGAUGCUGAUGGGACACCUGUCAUUGGAGGUGAUGGUCUCUUUGAGAAGAAGCUGUGGGGCCUGAAGGUGCUACAAGAGCUUUCACACUGGACAGUGAGAUCGAUUCAUGACCUUCGUGUCAUUUCUUGUCAUCAAACUGGAAUCCCAGCACAUGGGAGCCAUUAUAUUGCUAACGACAAGGAAAUGUAGCAGUUAGACCUCUCUAUUCCUGGUUUUCAUUUCUGAUGGAAUAUACAUAGUUCUUUGGGGCUUCACUUUCCCACCUUAAGGUUUUUGAAAACUUUGAAAGCCAUAGACAUUUCCAUCAAGUAGCAUUAGAGAUACGGACAAAUCGGCAGACAAGUCUGGGAUGGUGGGUACUUGUGGAAUGAGGGGGUGUAAGAGUGGGAGCGGGGACAACAUCCUUUGUGCUCUAAUGUUUCCACCUACUAAGUAACCUUUUAAGAAUUUAACAGCCUUAUCAACAGAAGAGAGAGAGUUUAAUUCUAGGUCUGGAUGACUUUCUGAAAGGACUAAGCCAGUGAUUGAGAAAUCAUAGACUCUGGCUAAUUCAGACUCUUAGAUAAUCAAAGUAACAAUAACUAACAUUUACUGAGUAUCCACUAAAUUGAAACAGUAUGCCAGCAGCUUUAUGUAUAUUAUGUAUAACAAGACAACCUUGUGAGGAACGUGGUGAUGUUCCCAUUUAUUUGACAGAUGAGAAAAAGUUGGAACAGUUACAAAUCCGAAGAUUCCUGUGGGGGAAAUAUUAGGCCCAGCAAAUUUAGGGACCUUCGAAGCUGGGGAUGUAUGGUGUUAUGGCCUGUUUUAGAGUCCACUAAUAAUCUUGAAUAUUCAAAUAGGCACAACUUAUACUAGUUUGCCUUAUGUGGUGCAGGGAUACAGGCACUGUGACCCAAGGAUUCAUGCAAGAUGAGUGAAAUACUACUCAGGUUAAAAAGUCACAAAACUCUGUCACUACAGGUUUUCUGGACUUAGUCAUAAGAGGGUGAUGUAAUAAGGUCUACUCUGUUCCCACUGGGAAUUCCAGAGUGUCUGAAACAUAACGGUCAAACCUCUGUGCUGUACAAGAAAAGGACAGUGCUGUGUGUUAAAUGUUGGCAUCAGUGGAAAUGGUCAUUUGCAGCAAAGUAUGUUCCUAGUGUGGUAAUGUUCUCAAGUAUUGUUGAUUUAGCACCAGUGAAUUAAAACUUAAAAUACCCGAUUGAGAGCCCAAGUCAGUUCUGUUUAAUUAACCAAGAGGUCUGUAUUAAAAGAACCUUGAGUCUGAAGACUAGCUCCCAAAGGAUGCGUGGAUUGGGAUUGAAUGACUUUGGGCUUAUGUUCCCGUAUGUUCAAUACAUGAAGCCAAUGUUACAGGAGGACUCAGGGGUCAGCUUUGUGACAGGUCAAAGGAAAGAAAGCCCUACAUUUCUAGUAUGUAUUUGUGGCAAUACAGUUGUAUAUAAAUAAACUACCAAUCAAUACUUGCUUGUAAUUACAUUGCCCAGAUUCACCUCAAAGGAAAGAGAUCAGCAAAUGUCAGAAGUAAUUUCCUAGAGGAGGUAGGAGCUGAGUAUUAAGAGUUAGCUGCAUGCAAAAUAGAAUUCAUGAGGAGAGAAAGAGGGGAAAGUAGUCUGCUCAGAACAAAGGCUGUGGUAAAUAUCUGUGCCCUGCUGCCACCAUGGUCGUGUUGAACUUGGCAUUUGUGUAUUUUUCACAAAGUAUAGUUCCCACUGAAUGCAUAGAAGCUUAUUCUCCACUCAAGCUUUUCCUUAUUCAGAUAGCUUCUUCUGCUUAAGAGCAGCAUUUUCAGUUAAUAAAGUAUCUUGAUUAUUAUUAUGAAGCUCUUGGAUUUAUCUGGAUAAUGCCUUUGCUUAAUUGAGAAAGAUGUGGCUAAAAUUUCUUGAUGAAAAAUAACUGAUUAUGAACUUGUUGGGUCUGAAAUGAGUGACCCCUCUCAAGGCUUUUGUGUCCAGCAGAUAUGGCAGGACAGACAUUUAAAGCAGCAGCAGAGCCUGGUUUAAGCUCUGCUGCACUGAAGAGGAAGGAAUAUUUUUGUAUGAGAAGCAGACUUGAGGUAGCAGAGGUACAGAAAAGGCACCAGUACUAACUGUUGAGUGGGAGGAGAGAGGAUGUGUCAGUCUUGGUUAGAUCGCAGAAGAGCAAGUCUGAGUGCAUACACCACUGUGCUGUAUCAGUUUCUCCUUCAAGAAACUUGACAUAAACUCCAGAAGAAAUGUGGGGAGACUGCUUAGGAAAAGAUGAUGUAAGGAGAAAAUGAACAGUUAGCCAUAUAACAAAAACAUAAAUAGAUAUGAGAUGUAAGUGUGCAGACUUUGAAACAUACUUACCUGAAAGGAGAAAUCAGAUUGAAAAAGAGACUGACAAUGGGCCAGUGUUCUAGAAGUGUGUCUUGUAGUAGAGAACAUGAUGACAACACAGUGGAAGUGCAUAUUUUUUAAGGAGCCACAACUAAAAAGAGAUGUUCUUUAGAUUUUAUUCCCUUGGCUCUUAGAUCCGUAUAUAGUUAGGAUCUCUGAGAAAUCAUAGCUGUGUUGUGUUGUAGUUAUGUUAAUAAGAUGCUUACAUUUAGUUCCUAGCCCCUGACUCUGUAAAAAGGAACCCUUCUAUCUUAUUGCCUCCAGUAAAGUUUUAUUUUUCUUGAGUUGGUGAAUUGUAUAGAUGAGAGUUGAUAGAUUUGUUUCACAUUAGCUUGAAAAUUAAGCACAAAUUUGAAGGCCAAGCAUGGAAUAAAAUUAGUUUUCAGAUACUCAGGUUCAAGGGAAGUGGGAGUUUUUAUAAAAAUGGAAAGUGUAAAGUCAUAGCUCUGGCAUUGCUGUUAUUUCAAGCUGCUGUGGAUUAAAGCCCAAGGGAUGACUCAUUGUUGUGACCACUGGUCAAGCGGAGAGACAGCAUGAGUGGAUAUUUCAGCAUGACAUCUGAAAAGUUGUUCGAAAUGAUUUGUGUGUGUGUAUCUUCAGCUCCUCAUGAAGUACCUGAGCAUCAUCUUCGUCUAGUAAGGGGUCAGAUAAAGAUGCAGUAAGCAGAGAUCUCCACCACGAUGAGAAAGGGUUGUUUGGGUGAAGAGGAAUGCAGGGUGGAGAGCAGAAUUUGAAUUUCGCUGUUGUUGAUUGCCCUCCGGUGUGUAGGGGUGUGUGUGUGUGUGAGAGAGAGAGAGAGACAUGCUAAUGCAGUGUUUAGGCCAGGGCGUUCUCUGAAAAGAAUCUUGCUGGCCUCCUGCCUCAUUCUUCCCUGCACUUUAGGCAUCAGCUGUAAGAUUGAGCCUUGCAGAUGUUGGUGCAUUCAAAAGGUGAAAGAUGAUAAAAGCUUCAUCAUCGUGCAGCACAAAAGCCUCUGUGGAGAUCUGAGGACUACAGAUAAAGACAAAGCAAAAAGAUAAUUUAAUCUUCUGAUGAAAUGUGUACAGGGUGUAAGAAAUCCAUGUGCCUGUGACUUUUAACAUAAAGUGUUAUUACUUUGAUCUAGUUCUGGCACAUAGCAAAUAAAAGAUGUACAAAUGGCUAACAAUAAAGUUCUUUUCUCAGCAAGACCAUUGAGUUGGUUCUUUUAUUUCUGUA